UAGGCUUCCGUAGGAGACCUACGCCUGCGUUAACUUUUGCCGCCUGCUUCACCGCUGCAUUCGAGAUAAAGGGAAAGCCCACCUCGUGGUUAGAAGACAUCUCCGAGGCAGCUUAUUGGGGUUUUAAAGGCAAGCAAACGAUAGCUUUCUUUUGCAACUUGGACCUUGUGGCAGGAAACGCAGUUUGAGCAGAAAUGCACAACAUGGGCAAGAAGCCGAAUACAAAAGGAAAGAAGGAUGCUCACGACACUCCGGAGGAGCCGGAGGAAUUUGUUGUCGAGAAAGUUCUCGACCAACGUAUUGUAAAUGGAAAAGUCGAAUUCUUCCUGAAGUGGAAAGGCUUCACAGAGGCUGACAACACCUGGGAGCCAGAAGACAACCUGGACUGUCCAGAGCUUAUCUCAGCGUUUUUAGAAGCACAGAAAAACGUAAAGGAGAAGCCCGCUCCCGUGAAGCGGAAGGCAUCCACAGACGAGCCAGAGACGGAAGCCAAGAAGAAAGAUGUGGCUGAGAAACCACGUGGCUUCGCUAGGAAUCUCGACCCAGAACGGAUUAUCGGAGCGACGGACAGCAGCGGGGAGUUGAUGUUCUUGAUGAAAUGGAAAGACUCAGAUGAAGCCGAUCUGGUCCCCGCGCGUGAGGCCAACACUCGCUGCCCUCAGGUGGUAAUUUCCUUCUACGAGGAGAGACUGACAUGGCAUUCCUGUCCAGAGGACGAGGCUCAGUAGAACUGUCCUUUGGUCCCAGCAGUCCCAUCACACCCUUUUCCUCAGGACUGAGUUUUCUCCUCUGGCUUGCCUUUUAGCUUUAGCCAUCCUAGUUAUUUUUGAAGAUGUUUCAGCCCUUGUAUUGUUUUUCUUUUUAAGGAGGGCCACGUUGUACAUAUUAGCUGAACUGAUUUGUUAGGGUGCAGCAGUUGGUGUAUGAUAAAGUCUUCCGGUAUCAUAUAAUGAUUGAUGUAAUUCCAGUUUAGAAAGCAUAUUCUUUGAAUGAACCAACCGUAUUCAAACCUGGUUUAAAAUUCUGUAAAUUCUAAAUGGAACUUCAUCAGCCACCUCCUGUGUAUCAAUCUGUAAGUUUUGUUUUGUUUUCUACACUAGUUCUAAUGUUUUUGUUCCUAAAGGUCAUUUUGUAUACUCCGUCUGUCUGUAAAUAUCAUUUGAAGUUAUAAUAAAGGUUUUGUGACCAAA